CGCCACGGCGCCCCGCACCCCGCGGCAGCAGCAACAACAACAACACAUCCCCUACUCGUACAGUGCUCAUCUGCCUCGUCGCUCCGAAGGCAACCUUCUGGACGCCCAAGCUCAAGGAACCUGGAGCCCGGAUCUGUCUCGAGCACGAACGGCCCCUGCAACGCCGAUCCACGACAUCGGCACGCCGCGCGUGCAGCACCACUCGUACGGCGGCUUCCAUUAUGACCCCGAGUACGCCUACCACGGCAACCUGUCCCUCAGCACGGGUUUUUUAGACGCGCCGGAGAACCCCUUGCGCGAGCCGCGGCGCUUCAGCAAGGAUGUGACGCAGCUGUUCCGGCCGGCGCGGGCCGAGGCAGUGGAGAACAACACAUGGCAAUUUUGACGUCGGUGGUUGGAGGAGGGCGGUGCAGUAGGCCGGGGCCAGGGCCUACUCGAGGACGAUGAGGACCGCACCGACCCGAUGCAGCGCCUUGCACAAAGUACGGUUCACUUGGUGUGGCACGAUGGCAGGCAACGGGUCCUCGAGCGAGUCCAUCCUGAGUAAGGUGAAGAAGAGCCUGUCCAUGGUCGUGCGGAAGGACAGCAUCCACAAGGGACCCAAGUGCAAGGAGAAGGACUGCCCGUGCCAGAAGGACAACCAGAAGGGUUGCCAGCAGCGCUACGCGCAGAAGCUGGCCACGGAGGGCCCCGCCCCGAACCAGCCCGCACCGCCGCCACCGCCGCUGCCGCCAACGCCCACCCCGGCCAGGAGGGAGUCGUCGGCGUCCUCCUGCUGCUCGGAGACGUGCUGCGUGGACAGCUCCUGCAAAAUCUGCAAGGAGGCCAUCGAAGGCACCACUCGACUCGGCAACAACGUGCAGUGGGCCGACACCGCCAAGGAGCGGCCGCCCGCCGCACCAACGGCAGACAAAAUCGAAAAACUGGAACCGGGUUCGAUGCGCACGCUCAAGCCGCGCAAGGACAAGAAGUCCAAAGCGGACAAGGCCAAGAGCGACAAGGCCAAGCUCGACAAGGCGAAGGCGCGCGUCGAGAAGGCCGAGAAGGCCGAGAAAGCCGCCAAGGAGGCCGAAGCCAAAGCGCAGGCGGAGGCCAACGCCAGGGAAGCCGCCCGGGUCUUCUUGGGAGCUCGCAAGGAGGUGGUGAUUCGUCGGGCGAGUUCCGAACCCCGCGUGAACGACGCCUCGCAGUACAUGUACAAGGAGAGCACUCACCCCAGCAGCGUGACGCAGAGCGAGGACGAGGUGGAGCCGCCGCGGAACAUCGAGUUCUACCGCAACCGCUCGGACAGCGACACGGACGAGGAGGCCAAGAAGAAGAAGCACGUCAAGAUCCAGCAGCCCGCGCAGCAGGCCGCCCCGCCGGCCAAGCCCAAGCAGAAGACCCACCAGAAGAAGCUCAAGGCCGUCAACUCGGACGAGAUGGACAUCACGACGCCCGCGCUGAGCGGCGAGGACCUCCGCCACUGGGUGGACCGCAACCUGGCGCGCGGCCGCCAGAUCGUGUCCGAGGCCGUGUGGGACAACCCCGGCCUGGAGCCCGAGGGGCUGCAGUUCAAGGCCGGCGACACCAUCGUCAUCACCAACACCGAGGAGCACAACUGGUGGUGGGGCAUCCGCAACCAGGGCCGCGGCGACGAGGAGCUGGGCCGCUUCCCCAUGGCCGCCGUGCGGGUCCGCAUCGGCCAGGACCACUACCUGCUCCCCGAGCAGGAGGCGGACGAGAGCCACCAGGCGCACAUGCGCUGCUGCGUGGUGGAGGAGAUCAUCAACUCGGAGCGCGAGUUCGUCAAGACGCUGCGCGACCUCUACGAGGGCUUCAUGAAGCCCGCCGAGGCCAACGGGCUCUUCAACCAGGUGCACGUCCGCGCCGUGUUCGGCAACCUGGAGGACAUCCUCAACUUCCAGACCGUCUUCCUCAAGGACCUGGAGGCCAUCAUGGACUGGACGGCCCUGGAGAACGGGCUCGUCGGCGAGGUGUUCAUGCGACACGUGGAGGGCUUCCGCAUCUACGUGGAGUACUGCAACGGACACACGCAGGCCAACGUGAUGCUGCAGGACCUGCUGUCCCACGACGUGUACGCCAAGUUCUUCGAGGAGUGCCGCGUGCGUCGCGGCAUGCAGCCCAUCUCGCUGGACGGCUACCUGCUCACGCCCGUGCAGCGCAUCUGCAAGUACCCGCUGCAGCUCAACGAGCUCUACAAGUACACCAACCUGAGGCACCCCGACUACAGCAGCCUACGCGAUGCGGUCAUCUCCAUGAGGGGCAUGGCCACCCACGUCAACGAGUGCAAGCGCAGGACCGAGGGGCUGGUCAAGAUGUCCAUGUUCCAGGCGGGCGUUCUGGACUGGGAGGGUCGAGACCUGAUAGACGACAGCUCCCUGUUGAUAUAUCAAGGCUCGGUGGUGCAAGUCGUCCCGGGACACUUCCUUCAUAGGCGGCUCUACAUGUUCGACAACCAGAUCAUCAUUUGCAAGAGGAAGAGAACGUUCUUCGAGCAAGUGCCGAAGCGCGGGCUGGUGAUGACGCGCUGCGUGCUGCAGUACCGCGGCCGCCUCAUCCUGCAGAUGUGCGAAGUGGAGGACGUCUCCGGGGCCACCUUCUUCGGGCGCGUCGUCAAGUUCGGGCUGCGCGUCGGAUGCGGCGUGCGCAACCGCUCCAUCAUCUUCCAGUUCCCCAACAAGACCGUCAAGGACCGCUGGCUGGAGGCCUUCAAGGACGAGCGGCGGCUGGUGCACCGCGACCGGCGCAUGGGGGUGGUCGUCAGCGCCGCCGACAGGAACCGCGCGCGCCUCGCCGCGCUGCGCGUCGACCGCCAGGACAUGAAGAUGGAGAAACACUUGCUGACCAAGGUGCAGAAGGAGGGCAAGAAGGCGCCCAAGGAGAGGGUGCGCAGUCGGUCGCAGGGUCGCACCCACGCGGACGACAAGAAGUGGUACAAGAAGUUCUGAUACGAGUACAGCCAGCGGAUAGGCGAAGAGGUGUCCGUAUGAUGAUGAUGACGAUGAUGACGAUGAUGACGAUGAUGACGAUUUCGCGCGGUGUUGUUCAUACUGCCAAACUGACAUUACUUCUGUAAGUAACUCCGAACCAAGGACGUUCGUGUCGGAUUCUUUCCUCCUGACCAAGUCGAAUAAUGCCAAGCCAAACCUAAAUAGCGUAGCCUACGCAUCGGCGGGCACGUAGGUGCGACAAAGGCAAACCUACCGACCCGUUCGGAACGCUUGUAUCCCACCUGAAAUUGGUGGGAGGAGUUGCCGUAUACCAUGUCUCACUUGUAGAUAUUGAGAGGGACGUAUUCUUGUGAUUAUUAUUAUUAUUAUUAUUAUUAUUAUUAUUAUUAUUAUUAUUAUUAUUAUUAUUAUUAUUAUUAUUAUUAUUAUUAUUAUUAUUAUUAUUGGUGAUGUUGUGAUUCGAGUUGUUGUUGUUGUUGAUAAGAGUGUUGCAUUGGAUAGUCUUUGCACGUGAGAAGUCCCAGUCGUUUUCGUUUGUUGCGGGUUCGCGACUGUCCCCAACCCUUCCCCUGUGUUUAGCCCUCGUCAAGCUCACCUCACAGAAUUGUACAUAUGCACUAGGUUUAGGGACGUCUCUUUCCUUGAUUUCGUCUUUUUUCCUCUCCGGCCUCGGCCAAGGUUCGGUUGCUGCGGCUCCGCCUGGCUCGGGGCCACGUUCUCGUUGCCUUGUUUGCAGUCCAAUGUUGCGUACUCAUUUGAUGGCAACUAGUGAGGGCUAGGCGUCACUGGCGACGGGGGCAGUGGAUUCGUGGCGCUGCAAGUGGCGCUGUGAACCAAGCAAGCUCGACCCACUCGCCUACCUGCGAGAUUGUAGUACAGUGUACGAUAUCCGUGUAAAGUGUCUUUCCGUCUUUCUGUGUCUAUCUGUCUCCCUUGUCUUUCUCUGUCUCUAUUAUAAGGUAUAUUAUUCCCUACUAACGUAGCUGUAGUCAUGUCAAGAUAAUUUACUAGAGAUGGAAAAAUAUGUGGUAACAUUGUUAAGUUUAGGUUUCCGUUGUGAUUCUAAGAAACCAUAUUUUGCGUCGUACGAAGUAUUACUAACAUUUUUACUAACACUUGCGUGUUAAUUGGUAACAUAAGGAAAGUGGGAACUGGAAAACUACUGAGAAAAUCAAACUAGGGAAAGUAGAUAAGGAUUUUAGGGCGUUUAAUUCGCAUGCAAACUUCGCGCUUGUAAAUUCCUUCGCCUAUGGACGGAAGCCAACUUAUUUUUGUUACUGUAUUGCUCAAAUUUUCGGUCUCAUUUGAAACACUGUCUUGUCCAAUCGUCUUUUCGUCCCUUCAAAAUUGAGUGUCGAAGGGAAACGGCAUAUACAGCUUCACAGGUGUGUUAUAUGAUUUGGGAAUGUUUUGUAUAGUGUAAAUAUGUCUUGAGAACUGAACUGGUUGCAGUGAUAUUCGUAGUUUUUCGAGGGUUGUUGUGUGCGUUUUUGUAAGGAAAAGAAUGAGUUAUGUCAAACUUAAGUGCUAGAAAUUUUCGAUAGAAAAGGAACACACUUGGAUACAGCAGACUCCCUUCACAUUCAAAACUGUUAAACGAACAAGGAAACGCUCAAUGUCCUUGUUCUCUUGUCGUGGAGUAUACGUAUGUAUUUAUGUAAGAUGCGUUCAAAAGCUGCCUUUCUACCCCCUCCGACUUGAUGUCCAUAUACUUUGGUUUUUCGAUGUUGCUCCUCCAGGAUCAUUUUACCCUAGAUUAUGAUGAUUAACCCCGAGGGAAAGUAUAUUGCCACUUCUCUAUCCAUAGUUGUAUCGACUUAGCAAAUUGUACGUUUAGCAAGGCGUCUCUGUGUUUGACGGUGGCCGAAGUUAGGCCAAUGUUGUAGAUGUUUAUGCAGGCAUGCCAACCGGACGCACCCAAUUCUCCUCGAUUUAGACGUCUAGGUGGGGCUGUAUUCCUUUCAGUCGUUUCUCUCAAAUGGCCUACGUAAAAUGCGUCCGUAUUUUUAACGCUCGAAUGCCCAGUCUGGACGACUCGAGGGUCUCCCGAAAGCAGACCCCUCCUCUGGUGGGGAUCGAACCCGAUCCAUCUGCCAUGCUGGUCCUACCAGCUAGUCGACUGAGCCACGGUGCGCACUUCCACGGCGAGGUGCUCGGUGAACACGGACAAACGACUGCGCAAAACAUGAAACAUUAACUGUGAUAACUUUUAAGUGUAUUCUUCUUAGUGAUGUAAUAACCGAUAAAGUGAAACUAAUGCUCACUAUUCAUUACUGUAGUUCGAAGUGCGAGUUCGCGUGAUACCAAAAAUUAGGAUCUUAAAUUGGGCACUUUGUGACGAAUGCGUGUUGCACAGUGCAAUGGCUUAGGAAUGCUGAUAAAAACUGUCCAAAAACUAACUGUGUUUUUACGCGAGGACAGAGCGAAACAGACAGGUGCAAAGUAGACCUAUCCACAAAAGAAAUGACCGUGUCGGCAAAGAAACCUCCCAUUCAUUCAUUCAUUCAUUCAUUGGUAUGGUAGUCUCAAUGUCAUACCUUGAGGUAAAAACUGUUUCCGUCAUCAUAGUCAAUGUCAAUUCCUCGAAGGUCAGGUCUCUUCUCAAUUGUGUUUGGGUCGCUUUGAAUCUCCCGUCAAUCCGUUUGAAGGCACUAAUAAACAAACCACCCCUAUAUACUUCCCCUUAUAUAAUAGGUGUUAUUCUAGUCAACCUUCUAGAUAUUCUGGUUAUGAAAGUCAUGUAUCUUUGAUUCUGUAGUCAUACUUGAUGUAUAGAAACGAGGUGUGCAAAAUUAAAAGUGACCUCGUUUUGGAACGGGUGUUGAAGAACAA